AUGCGUGCGAGAAACCCCCCGCCACCAUUAGAGAAAUGCGUAAAGAGACCCCCGCCACCAUUAGAGAAAUGCGUAAGAGAAACCCCCCCGCCACCAUUAGAGAAAUGCGUAAGAGAAACCCCCGCCACCAUUAGAGAGAAAUGCGUGCGAGAAACCCCCGCCACCAUUAGAGAAAUGCGUGAGAAACCCCCGCCACCAUUAGAGAAAUGCGUGCGAGAAACCCCCGCCACCAUUAGAGAAAUGCGUGCGAGAAACCCCGCCACCAUUAGAGAAAUGCAAAAAACGACCAACUUGUCAGACGGCACGAAGAAACGACCAACGACGGCACGAAGAAACGACCACCUUGUCAGACGGCACGAAGAAACGACCAACUUGUCAGACGGCACGAAGAAACGACCAACUUGUCAGACGGCACGAAGAAACGACCAACUUGUCAGACGGCACGAAGAAACGACCAACUUGUCAGACGGCACGAAGAAACGACCAACUUGUCCAGACGGCACGAAGAAACGACCAACUUGUCAACGGCACGAAGAAACGACCAACUUGUCAGACGGCACGAAGAAACGACCAACUUGUCAGACGGCACGAAGAAACGACCAACUUGUCAGACGGCACGAAGAAACGACCAACUUGUCAGACGGCACGAAGAAACGACCAACUUGUCAGACGGCACGAGAAACGACCAAACGACCAACUUGUCAGACGGCACGAAGAAACGACCAACUUGUCAGACGGCACGAAGAAACGACCAACUUGUCAGACGGCACGAAGAAACGACCAACUUGUCAGACGGCACGAAGAAACGACCAACUUGUCAGACGGCACGAAGAAACGACCAACUUGUCAGACGGCACGAAGAAACGACCAACUCAGACGGCGAAGAAACGACCAACUUGUCAGACGGCACGAAGAAACGACCAACUUGUCAGACGGCACGAAGAAACGACCAACUUGUCAGACGGCACGAAGAAACGGACACGAAGAAACGACCAACUUGUCAGACGGCACGAAGAAACGACCAACUUGUCAGACGGCACGAAGAAACGACCAACUUGUCAGACGGCACGAAGAAACGACCAACUUGUCAGACGGCACGAAGAAACGACCAACUUGUCAGACGGCACGAAGAAACGACCAACUUGUCAGACGGCACGAAGAAACGACCAACUUGUCAGACGGCACGGAAGAAACGACCAACUUGACCGAAGAAACGACCAACUUGUCAGACGGCACGAAGAAACGACCAACUUGUCAGACGGCACGAAGAAACGACCAACUUGUCAGACGGCACGAAGAAACGACCAACUUGUCAGACGGCACGAAGAAACGACCAACUUGGUCAGACGGCACGAAACGACCAACAGACGGCACGAAGAAACGACCAACUUGUCAGACGGCACGAAGAAACGACCAACUUGUCAGACGGCACGAAGAAACGACCAACUUGUCAGACGGCUUCAUAAUAAAAAAAUGCCAAAGUCAGUCAAUGUGUAA